GUUAUCGCAUUUGUUAUCGCAUUUGUUAUCGCAUUUGUGUCCCAUGUCAAUUGUAAUAGUUGGAGCAGGAAUUCUUGGAUUAUACACAGCGUUCGAGUUAAUUGAGCUGGGAAAACCCCCGGCUCUGGUCAGAAUCGUAGCUGAAUUUACUCCAGGGGACUAUUCCCAUCAAUACACUUCACCUUGGGCAGGAGCGUAUUUUUCUGCUGGAAUUGAACUACAGUUGAUUCCAUACAGUAAGUACACCUACGAGAAUCUUCCUAGGUUACAGGAGAAGCUCGGAACCGCGUGUGGACUCGCAAGAACUGUUUGCAUAGAAUAUCUGGAAGAUAAGGUGGUUCCGGAGGACUUGCAACAUCUCCAAUUCAUCCGGGAUUUGGAAAUCAUUGAUGACAAGUAUCAUGGAAUUAAGUUCUCGGGGUGGACAUUUAACCCGCCCAAAUUGACCAAGAAACUCUUGCAAUAUUUACUUGACAAAGGUGUUUGUCUCGAUAAGAGAAGAGUACAAACCUUGGAAGAGGCUUCAGAUGAACAGACGCAAAUCGUGUUCAACUGCUCGGGAAAUGGGGCCAGAGAGUUGGCCCACGACUCGAGCUGCCACCCGGUCCGUGGUCAGGUGGUGGUGGUCUCAGCCCCUGAAAUCAAAGAGGUUGUCACGUUGUGGUCGCUGAGCGAGUCAACCUACGUUAUUCCACGGCCAGAUUCCGAGCUCCACGAGGUGGUACUUGGGGGACUCUACCAGGAUAACAAUGGUGACAUUGCCAGCUAUGAAGCUGAUUCCCAGGACAUUUUGGAGCGGGUUUCUCGGUUGUAUCCCGGCAUCAGCACAUCGUUUGAGCGAGUGGUUCGCGUGGCUACUGGCCUAAGACCUGGCCGGGACGGAGGUCCUCGUGUCGAGAGGGAGAACACCGCGAGCGGAGUGGUGGUGGUCCAUAACUAUGGGGCUGGAGGGUGCGGAUAUCUCAUGGGGUUUGGAAUGGCUCACACAGCUGUCCUGCUCAUGGAAUAAAUAGGAAUACAAUUAAAUCAAAUCGCAGUAAUCGCAU